UUAAAGACCCAACAUCUUCAAAUACACUGGCAUGUGGUCCCACUAUACCAAGAGACUGUAGUUCCUUUACAACAUACAAUGGCAUGUGUUUCCAACUAAGUGGUCAACUCGUUCCUGGGUCUGGAAUUCCAUCGUCUCUCAAAGACUGUCCUGUUUCAGAUACAGAUAUUGUGUUCCUAAUAGAUGGUUCAGGCAGUGUUUCAAUGGGAGAUUUUGACCGGAUGAAGAUGUUUAUGAAAAAAUUAAUUACACAGUUUUUAGGGCGAAAUAGUCAGUUUGGUAUAAUGCAGUAUUCCAGUCGGUUUAGAAUCGAAAUGGACUUCAAUUAUUUCAGAACUUCAGGCUGGUCCAGCAGGAUCAAUGAAAUUAGUCAGCAAAGAGGUGCGACUUUCACUCCAACUGCAAUACGAGAAGUAGUAAACAAGCUGUUUGUACCAAACAGAGGAGCGAGGCCAGAUGCUGUUAAGGUCUUACUGGUCAUCACAGAUGGAAAGACCUCUGGAGACGACACUCCCUUAAGUGAUGUGGUUAAUGAGGCUGAGAGGAAAGGCAUCAUCCGUUACGCCAUUGGGGUUGGUGGUGCUUUCCAUUAUGAAAGUGCACAACAGGAGUUGAAAACUAUUGCCUCCAAUCCCACUGAAAAUCAUUUGUUUCGGGUGAAUGACUUCCAAGCUUUGGAUAACCUUAGGGCCUCACUAGAGAAAAGUAUCUUUUCUAUUGAAG